ACGAUCCCCAAGGAAGGUGCCCAGAACCUGGGAAUUGUUAAACUGCUGCUGUAUUUUCGGUGGACGUUCAUUGGUCUCCUUGCUGCAGAUACUGAUAAUGGAGAACGUUUCAUUAGGACCUUCAACCCUGUGCUGGCUCAGAAUGGCAUCUGUGCUGCAUUUUCACAAAUUACAUUACUAGAUAUCGAGAAUUUCCGUGAUCUGAUUUCUAUUUUCAAAAUGUGGCACCAAAUCAACGUCUUUGUUUACUAUGCAGAGUUCACAUUUAUAGAAGGAGAAGUGUUUGUGGAAAUCAUAUUGAACUUUGUGAAAAAACCUGUUUUAGGAAAAACCAACCAAGGGACCAAAUUUGAAAAUUUCAGAGAUUUCUAUUUUUUAAUUAAAGCAUUUAUUAUUAAAAUAUUUCACUGUGCAUAUGGGAAGCCUGCCUUGUCUGUGAAAGGUUGGACAAGGUGUAUAGAGGAAAAGAAAAUGGGGACUCUACCUCAAGAGAAGAUUGAAAAGAUCUUUUCUCUAGACAGUUCCUUAACUUCCAAUGCCAUCCAAAUUGUGGCACAUGCCUUAAAUGUGGCUUGUUCAUCCCAGUCCCAAAAAACAAUGAGGAAGAGAAAAGCCAAGCUGGAAGUUGAAAAGAUCCAACCAUGGCAGACAUUGCCUUACUCCCAGUGUGUGGAAGCUUGUCAGCAUGGAUAUUUCAAGGUGGUCCAGGAGGGGAAACCAAAUUGCUGCUACAACUGUGCCCCCUGUGCAGAAGGGAGGAUUUCUACCCAAGAAGAUGCAAACUACUGCAUCAGAUGUCCAGAAAAUCAAUAUCAGAAUAAGAAGCGAGAUCAAUGUAUUGCCAAAAAUGUCACGUUUUUGUCCCAUCAAGAGAAUUUGGGGAUCAUCCUUACUACCUUUGCCCUAUUCCUAAUCUUAACUACAAUCUUUGUCUUGGGAAUCUUCAUUAAAUUCCAAGAAACUCCCAUAGUAAAAGCCAACAACCGGGACCUCUCCUACAUUCUACUGGUCUCCCUUCUGAUUUGCUUCUUGACCUCAUUCCUCUUCAUUGGUCAGCCAAGGAGAACCACCUGCCUUCUCCGACAAACAGUCUUCAACAUCAUCUUCUCAAUUGCUGUGUCUUCUGUCUUGGCCAAAACAAUCAUGGUGGUGCUAGCUUUCCUAGCCACAAAGCCAGGAAAUGGUAUGAGGAAAUAUCUGGGCAAGAGUCUGGCCAACACCAUCAUCAUUUCUUGUUCUAUUGUUCAGGUUGUCAUUUGUUUCACCUGGUUAGGAGUUUUUCCUUCAUUCCCUGAUUCUGACAUGUAUUCGCAGCCUAGAGAGAUUGUUCUACAGUGCAAUGAAGGCUCUGCUGCUAUGUUUUAUAUUGCCCUUGGCUACAUGGGCUUUCUGGCUGCCGUUUGCUUCACAGUGGCUUUCCUGGCCAGGAAUUUGCCUGGGUCCUUCAACGAAGCCAAGCUGAUCACCUUCAGCAUGCUGGUCUUCUGCAGUGUCUGGCUGUCCUUUCUGCCUACCUAUCUGAGCACCAAAGGGAAAUACAUGGUGGCUGUGCAGGUCUUCUCCAUCUUGGCUUCCAGUGCUGGGCUGCUGGGUUGCAUCUUCAUCCCUAAGUGUUACAUCAUUGUGCUGAGGCCAGACUUGAAUACAAAGCAGCAAUUGAUGUUGAAAAAUGAAGUAGAAAACUGA